AUGUUUAAGUCCAUAUUCAAGACAGGGAUCAGGGCAAUAUACAACGUUCUGGAGAAUCCAUCUUUUGUCUCAGAGCCAUGGUAUAUUUAUCCUGCAAAACAUAAAUCAUCGGGACAAGCGGUGUCGGUAUUUAUCUUUGACAAAUCAAAAUUUGAAGCUCAAGUAAAUAGAAUAUGCGCAUCGAGUUCGAACACCAAGAACCCUAAGGUGAUUAUCAACGAAUGCUAUGAACUUCUUAAGUUCGAAAUUAGUCAAUUGGCCAAAUUGAAGCAUCCUCAGAUCUUGACGAUUUUUGAGGUUUUGGAGGAAACUAAGCUGAAAUUAUUAUUUGUAUCAGAGCUGGUUACGGAUAACUUGCUAACUGUGAAUGUAUCAAAGGAUUUGGACGAAUUGAGUAUACAGAAAGGGUUAUUGCAAAUGGCAAAGGGGCUACAGUUUCUUCACAACUAUUGUCAAAUUAUUCAUCUUAACUUACAGCCGUCAUCGAUUUUUAUAAAUAGCCAAGGUGAUUGGAAAUUAUCGGGCUUUAGAUUUCUACAGAAUUUGAACGAGAUUUCUCCGCUGGAUAGAGAUAAUUUCUACAUUAUGAACAAUUCUUCCGUAGUGCCAUUUGCUAACCUUAAUCUAAACUUCACAGCACCAGAAUUAAUCGUUGAUAGUCUGCAGAAAUUGGACACUGCAAAUGACAUUUGGUCAUUAGGGUGCUUAAUUUAUUUUGUUUAUAAUAAUGGUGAAUCUUUGAUUAAUUGUUUUGAUUCCAACAGCAUUUCAGAUUUUAAGACAGAAUUUAGGAAGUUUGAAAAUAAGUUCUAUAACCACAGACCCAGCGAAUUGAAAUAUUUAUUGAAAGAUGUUCCUGAUAAGCUUUAUCAUGUUUAUUCCCAAAUUUUAGCUAAAUAUCCCCAUGAUAGAUUGACGAUUGAUCAAUUUAUAAACUUGGAUUUCUUUAGUGGUAGCAUGAUCAAAGCUAUGUGGUUUAUUGACGAGUUCUCUACUAAAUCAACAGACGAGAAAUUAGUGUUUAUGAGGGGACUUUUGCAAACAGAUCAAACUACCAAUACCACCUUAUUGGAGCAAUUCCCAUCCGGAUUCAAGACCCUGAAAAUAUUGCCAUUAAUGAUCGAUUUGGUUGUGAGCGAAUUAAGCAUAUUGAGUGCUAAACUGAUUGAUACUGAUACCGAUGAAGCGAUCUCACUUGCUCUCACAAUAACACUUUCGAUUGGUUCAAAACUUUCCAGUCUUACAUUUCAAGACAGAAUUUAUGAACACCUUUUUAAGGAUGAAUCUAAAACUAAAAAGUCCAACCAGAAAGAUAUAUUCAAUAAGCUCAUAAAUGCUUCAGUGAAAAUACGGUUAAAUAUCGUGGAAAACUUGUCUACUUUAGUGUCAAAGCUAAACGAGAAACAAUUAUCUGCGUUGAUUAAACAAUCACUAUCUCUCUUCUUAACAUCAGCUCCGACUGAAGCUAAUCAACAACAAGAACAAAUUAAAUUACAGGAAACUUUCCUCCAUCAGUUAAAUUUAAUUAUCGAAAAGUUGGAUUUCCCUUAUAUCAAGAACACGUUGUUUCCAUUAAUUUGUCAAGUAUUUAAAACAACUACCAUUUUGUCAACAAAAUUGGCUACAGUAGAUACGUUUGGAAUGUUGAUCGAUAAGAGGAUUAUAGACAAAGUGAUCGUAUGCGAGCAAUUAUUACCAAUUUUACAGAAUUUGAAAAGUCGUAAUAAGAAGAUCAUUGAAAGCGUUCUUAGGCUUUUUGUCAAAUUAUGCGAAAGCGAACAUGUGUCUUUAGAUUUGGAUUCAAUUGUGGAGUCAAUAUUACCGGAAUGCUUUAAACUAACGUUUGGGUGUAAUGAUUGCAGCCAAUCUGAGUUUAAGACAUAUAUGAAAAUGGUUCAUCAGAUCCAAACUAAAUUGAUUCAAAGCAAGGUAAACUCAUUACCGACCAAGACCAGGGACUCUUCAGUUAAUACACCUGCUAGCAAUUUUGAAUCAUUAAUCAAUACCCAAAGGCUUAAUGAGGGUGACAAGGACCAGAUUACUCGUGCGCCUCAAACUAAAAGCAUAAUGCAACCUACUAGGAAGCCUAUAGAAACAAAGUCAUCGAUGUCGAACUCAUCGACUAAACCGAAAACUACCACGCCAUUAGCAUUGAAACCUAAACAAAAAGCUGCUCCUAAGAAACCACUAUCAUUUGGUGCCGUUAACAAUAAUAACAACACCAACAAUACAGCUCUAUUGAAUACAUUACACGGAACAUUUAAUAAACCUCCGAAAGAUGAAGAUGAAGAUGAAUUCGACGAGUUCCAAAAUGCCGAGGCUAUUAAAGAAGCAUCGUCCAUUAAUUGGAACACUGAAGCUCAAAAAUCAGGAAUUGCCUCGUCUCAACAAGGCACUACGCAACAAACUACAAACUAUCCACCCGGAUUUACCUCAUCAAUGGUAUUAACACCAAAUAAUACUGGUAAAAAUAACAGAAUUACUAAUAAACCAGCCUCGAAUUCUAAAAAUUCUGAUCUUCUAGAUCUUUUGUAA